UUCAUUAGCCCUCGUCUUCGUCGUAGUGUUCAAAACACUAAACCCCAAUGUCAAAAUCCGGCGAAAACCAACCAGUAGAUCGGUACCUUCGCCGGCAAGUACUCGGAGAAGGAACAUACGGUGUCGUUUACAAAGCCACAGACACAAAGACUGGGAAAACUGUAGCAGUGAAGAAGAUUAGGUUAGGGAACCAAAAGGAAGGAGUAAAUUUCACAGCUUUGAGAGAGGUUAAGCUAUUAAAAGAGCUGAAUCAUCCACACAUCGUUGAGCUCAUUGAUGCUUUCCCUCACAAUGGAAGCUUGCAUCUUGUUUUUGAGUAUAUGCAAACGGAUUUAGAAGCGGUGAUUCGUGACCGUAACAUCUUCUUAUCUCCUGGUGAUAUCAAGUCUUAUAUGUUGAUGACUUUGAAGGGUUUAGCUUAUUGUCAUAAGAAAUGGGUUCUUCACAGGGAUAUGAAGCCUAAUAAUUUGCUGGUUGGAGAGAAUGGUUUGUUGAAGUUGGCUGAUUUUGGUUUGGCUAGGUUGUUUGGGAGUCCGGAUCGGAGGUUUACUCAUCAGGUAUUUGCUACAUGGUACAGAGCGCCUGAGUUACUAUUUGGGAGUCGACAGUAUGGAGCUGGAGUUGAUGUUUGGGCUGCAGGCUGUAUCUUUGCUGAGCUAUUACUUCGUAGACCAUUUUUACCGGGUUCUACUGAGAUUGAUCAACUCGGAAAGAUCUUUCAAGCUUUUGGAACUCCAGUACCUUCCCAAUGGUCUGAUAUGAUCUAUCUCCCAGACUACAUGGAGUUCUCCUAUACACCCGCUCCACCAUUACGUACCAUUUUCCCAAUGGCAAGCGAUGAUGCUUUGGAUCUUCUAGCAAAAAUGUUCAUCUACGAUCCACGACAAAGGAUCACCAUACAACAAGCUUUGGAUCACAGGUACUUCUCGUCUUCUCCAUCACCAACUGAGCCAGGGAAGCUUCAGAUUCCAGCUUCAAAAGGAGACGCCCUCGAACCAAAAGCCUCUGAGCAAAACCAACAUGGAAGCAGCCCGGCCGUUCUGUCACCUCCUGGAAAAAUGAGGAGAGUGAUGGGUCCUGAAGGAUACACUUGAGAAAAUAAUGUUUCAUUUCUUUGUUCUUUCCCUAUAGCAUCAUCACUUGUGGAGAAGUACAUAACAUCUAAUGUUUCUAGAAUCCUGUUUUCAAAUGCCUUUAUGCUAAUUAGUUGCCAAUCAAAA